AUGAUUUGCAGAACGUGCAUGCGCCGCGGCGCCUCGGCCUUACCCCGUCUCCAGGCCCCUCGCGCCUCGUCCCUCCUCAUCAGACCCUUCUCCCUCUCCGCGCCCUCAAGAAACGCAGUAGAAGCGCCUGCUGCAGGAGCUGCUGCUCCUGCUACUCCUGCCGCCACCAACGCCAAGGACGCACCCCCGAAGCUCUCCUCGUCCACCGCCGACAUCCCCGAGGCCGCGGCGCCCAUCUCCUCCUGCCCGCCCGGUACCGUCCUCAACGGCCUCAACUACUUCAAGAACAAGACGGACCCCGUCGCUCUCCCCGAUGAGGCGUACCCCGACUGGCUGUGGACGGUCCUCGAGUCCAAGAGCGAGGCUGUAGAGUCUACGGAUGACCUCGCCGCCGAGAUGUUUUCCAAGUCCAAGAAGCAGCGCAAGGCCGCCGCCAAGAAGCAAAAGGCUCUCGAGGCCAAGGUUCUUGCCUCAGGCGACCUCGAGGCCCUCGCACCAAAGGUCCCGCUGCCCCAACAGUCCAUCAACUUGCCCGGAGAGAAGGGUGGCGACGUCGAGCACAACCUCGAGGCGGCGACCAAGAGAGACGAGCUGCGCAAGGCGAUGCGCAAGGACCGCAAGGCCAAGAUCAAGGAGUCCAACUACCUCAAGUCCAUGUAA